CAGAAAUCACAUUGUGUCAACACCGUCUCCGGCCACCACAAUGCUUUGUUUUAAUUAAACAAAUUGCGGAAUGCUUAACUUCGCAGAGCAGACGGGAUACGGUGCUUUCAGCCUAAGAUGGCCGUCUACACCAACUCAUGUGUGGCACCGCUAUUCAUACCCGACAUUCACACACACUUAAGGGGUAUAUGUGGACACCCCCAGGUGGACACAGGUGGACACAGACGGGCUAAACGUCCCUGGCAACCCCCCAAAGUCGGGGCUGGCUGGGUGCGUGGAUGGCUACAUUUUGUGUACCCAUUUCGAACAGAGGUACGCUACACCACCCAAUGUGCGCCACACGAGGGGGGAUUGAGGGAGGUGUGUGGCACACACAGACCAAACGUGUGGCCAGCAUUCACCGCCAUUUUGGACAGUUUAGGGUACCCUGUGACCUACAAUACUACAUGCACUAUGCCACAUCAUGGGUACACACAUACACACCCAACACCUUGCCGUGCAGAUAGCCCCGCGCUCCAUAUUCACGCACACGCACACACACGCUAAUGCACGCACACCAAGGUGUCCAUAUACCUUCCGCACACGCGUGGUGACGGCGUAUGCGACAUGAAUCGCCAUAUUCGCGCAUGUACACCGUAGUGAUGCAUGUUCAUCGCCAUAUCCAGCGCCACCUUCCGCCAUCACCUCCAUCUUCACCCCCAUCACCUUCCUCCAUCUUCACCUCCAUAUCCAGCGCUUCCUCGCCGUCACCUCGCCGUCACCUUCUCCAUAUUCGCGGCGCUUCCUCGCGCUUCCUGCCUAAUGUUAGUCCCAUACAAAACCACGCAAAACCCCAUACAAUUAAAACAGCGCCAACACUUAGCGAUUUUUCGCAAAGUCUUUUGCUUCAUUUACCAUACUUUAUCCUAGUCUAUUUCUACGUCUUCUACGCCUACGCUAGCUACUUAUGACCCGUUUCUGCUACACUCUCAGCACGCCAAAGGCCCCCCGGACUUAGCCGAAGACCCCCCGACGCCGCUGGCACUUUGCGGUUUUCGCGCAAAGUACUUCCCGCCUAAGACUUUGGUCGACCAAAGAACUUGGUGAGGAAAAGAGGUUAACAGAGUUAGGCAGCCCGCCAUGCCGAUCUACUACCGACUUGGCUCCUUUCGCCGCCCCAUUAGCGAAAGUAAAUCACUUUAGUUUUGUCAGCCUGUACGGUCGGCUGUUUGGUUUAUAUGUUUUUGCGGUUGGAGGGGGGGGAGAAAUGUUCAUUUCUGAACAAAUCAAUAGAACAAGGGCUAAAUCUCAGCAGAUCGUAGUACAAGACUACUCUCAUGCUUACAACACCCCGUUCUGUAGUUAAGUCGUCUACAAAGGAUUUAUCUUUCCCAAU